GCUUCAACGGCUCGUGUUUCUUUUUACUCAAGUACUUACUGUACAGUACAUAUUCCUCCUGGAAGCUUACAUCCGGACUUGGUGCUAUUCGAGUGAAAUUACCAUGCCACACAUCCCAAUCGAGCCCGGCAACUUUCCCGCCACAAGACCGAUUUUCAUGAAAAGAAGAUGCGAUAAUGGAUUGGCAGGGUCUGAGGUUCCCAUACAUACAAGCAAAAGAAUCCAGCCGCCACCUGUUCUUAGGCCGAGCUCCCAAACUAAUGCCAUCGACUACUCAGAUGUUACAGGAAAUCCUCACGAAAGAGAUAUUCGCCAAAGGAGCUUCUCGAAGAGACCGCGACUCCAUAAACAACUCGCACCGACGAAUUCGUUGACAUUUGCAACCUCCAGUUUCUACUCUUCACCAUCUCCCCGAACUCUCUCCCCGAAUGAUUGCCAGCCAUCAACAUUCUGCUUACUCCCCUGCCACGUCUGUCACAGGCGACCGACAACGAGGGAGACUCUAGAUGCUUAUUCUGACUGUGAAAUAUGUGGACAGAGAAGUUGUUACAUCUGUCUCCGUUCAUGCGAUGCUGUUGAUUGCAGUGGGUUGACUCGCAUCGCUAAGAAGCCUUCAGGCUAUAUGUAUGAAGAUACCGCCGCUAAAGGGAAACACGCUAUAUCGCGAAGAGUAUGCUCAUCCUGUGCAGUUGAGGAUCUGGACGAAAUGGGUGUUGUAGUUUCAAGGUGCCUUGACUGUGUGGCCAAAACUACGACUUGACGGCAACCUAUCCUUCCAUUCUAGGCUACGACGCGAACAUCUUGAAAGUCACCAUCUUGAAUCAGGCGGCCGCUAGGGUGUGCUCCCACGGAAGUAGACCAUGGGAGAUUGCAGGCCAGGAAUAGGUUCUUCGGAACAAGGCAAUUGGCGACAAUACCCAGUCUCCAAAGGUAGACCCCGGAUGCACAUAUUUCAAGGACAAAUCAUG